GGUGUUCGGGUUAGAACCUCUCCAUUUGGAAGAUUCUGCAUCGCAUCGGUGCGCAGCUGCCACUGGAUUUGCUCGCAAGGGUGCAGAUGGCGCUGGAGCAGGAGAGGGAUGACGAAGACGACGUUCCCGACGUGGCAGGUGCUGGGCCUGCUGGCGAAGGGGGGGGAGGUGGGAUUGUUGAUCAGCCUGAGGAGCCACGUGGUGGGGAGGGCGAGGAGGGAUUGGAUGAGGGGACGAGGGGUGUUGUGACAGGAGGAUCCGACGGUGGAGGGAGGCCAGGGUCCUCGCAGGCUGUCAUGCAGGUCGCCCGCACACGCAGGCCAGGGAGGCAGAUGAGCAUCAAGAGGUACGUGAAGAACCCAAGGCAGGAGGAGAUUGACAACUCCUGCUGCGAGUUCUUCGUGAGAACGCGAUCUCGUUCAACGUCGCUAAGAGCAGGAGCUUCAAGAAGUUCAUGCGGGCACCGGUCGAAGCCUGUUUUCAUCAAGUGCGAGGAUCUUAACGAGGGGGACAAGGAAUCCGCAACCGUCGUUGCCGGAUGGAAGCGGUUCUUCAGGGAGUGGGGGGUGGAGAAGAUCACGGCUGUCUGCACGGACUUUUUUGCGGGCAACACAAGUGUUGCGAGGAUGCUGAGGGAGGACCCUGAGUUCAACCAGAUAUAUUGGAUCCCUUGCACCGCUCACUGCAUGGACCUUCUCAUGCACGACAUUUGCAAAAAGAAGUGGACGACCGAGAUCAUCAGUAAGGCGAACAGAGUGGUCAACUUCUUCCGGGUUCACAGGUGGCCCAGAUCAACGCUGAGAACGACACUUGUGAAGUUCCCAGACUUGAAAUGCAGUUGCCUCCUCCGACCGACGCAGACGAGGUUUGGGACUCGCUACGUGAUGCUGCAGCGGCUGGAGGUCUGCGAGAAGGCCAUUAGACGGAUUGUCGCAGGGGCCUUCUGGGCUGACGUCAGGAAGCUGACUGCCGUUAUGAAGAGGCCCUAUGACGUGUUUUGCGAGGUGGACAAAGAUGUUCAUUGCUUGUCGCUUAUUUACGAUAUGGCUUGUCGACUGCCCGACUUCGUCCGAUCAGCCCCCCUUAUGGCAGAGCAGCGAGACGACAUUCUCAGGGACGUCGGGAACAGGACAGACAUGCUGCUCAGCCCCAUCCAUGUUGUUGCUCGCCUGAUGGAUCCUCAAUGGAGAGACAUUACUGUAUUCAUUGAUGUCAACCUCAUGACACAAUUUGAGGGUGUGGUCGAGAGGCUCAUUGGAAAGAAGGGAAGCACCAGAUUCGACGAGUGCAUGGACCAACUUUACGAUUUCCAGUUCGGGAGAGGAGUCCUCGGCACCCCACAGGCGAAGAAACGGGCUACGGAGGACACUGCGGUUUUGUGGUGGGAGGCGCACGGGGCGGGGCAUCCAGAGAUCUGCGAGUUGGCUAUCAGGGUGUUGUCGAUCUGGACGACUUCCUCUCCUGCUGAGAGGAACUGGAGCACUUGAGCUCUGGUGCAGACGAAGUGCAGGAACAAGUUGCACCACCAGCGCACCAACAAAUUGGUGUCCUCACA